AUGCCGCCUACCAAGAAAGCAGAAUUUCUGCACUUUCUGCGAGAAGCUAGAGCUGCGAAGAAAAAACAUAGCCUUUUCCUCUCUCGCGUUCAGAAGAUUUCCGUGGAAUCUUCUGUUUGUGUCUCAUAUAGUCAUGAUAAACCUUCUAACAGUCAUGAUCAGGCUCGUGUGCUUUCUAAUGCACUGGAAAAUGGAGAAUACUUGGUUCCAAUUGAUAGUGUUAUUACAGAUAGUCCACAGCUGCCCUGCAUUUCUUCUGCUGUGCCUAAUUUCUUUGAUGAUCAUGCUUCAUCAUCUUCUAGGAAAAAAACAACGUCCAGUGAUGCUCUAUCCCUUAAUAAAGGGAGAAAACGCAGGCGCGGUCAGCUAAAUCUCUCAAUCGUGAACAACAUUCCUAAUGGAUCUUUGGUUCUACCUGAUGCUUCUCCUUGUGACCAUUGUGGAGCCAAAAGAUUCCAUUUGGAACCUCCUACUUUUUGCUGCUCUGGAGGAGAAAUUUCUCUUGUUGCUCCUCCUAUGCCUUAUGAUUUGAAGCGCUUAUUUAUUGAACACGUAAGGUGUAACACCUUUCGCGUUCAAGGUCAUGUUUAUCAUUUUCUUAAUGGCCUUCUUCAGUCGGAUAAUAGAGCAUCUAGGAUUCAGCUCUACUUUUUUGACACUAAUGAAGAAUUAGCAAAGAGGAUUGUUGCCUCUGAUAAGUUGCGAGGAAGCACUUUAAGACUCCUUAUGCGCAUUCUUAGCGACAAUCCUUAUGCUAAAUUCUUCAGAAAUUUAAGGCAUGUUCCAAACAUUAACAACCUUAGCAUUGUUAAUUGUUAUCCCACCCUUGAUCAGCGAGUUUAUAACCUGCCUUCUGCCUCCCAAGUUGUGGCGAUAUGGACUGAAAAUCAAGAUGAAUCGGGUCAUACGGGAGCUCAUAUUCAAGUUUAUACGCAUUCAAAUAGCAGCUACAAAAUUAAACAUUACUAUGGCUGCUAUGAUCCAUUACAAUACCCUAUUCUUUUCCCACGUGGUGAAUGCGGAUGGCACCCUGGGAUUAAAAGAGCCCAAAAAAGAAAGAGAAAAGAUGAUUCUUGUGAGGAAGAUAUCGAUAUUCAUCCAUCUUCGGUUAAUUCUGCAUCAACCUUAAUGGAACGUGAACAAAGAGCUGCUGAUCAUGCAAAAAAUGAGGAAGACACGGUGUCGGCUAGAGAAUACUAUUGUUACAAAUUUCAGAUGAGGGACAGUGAUGAUUCAAUGUUGUUGCACUCACUUGGAUUGUUGCAACAGUAUGCAGUAGAUGGUUAUGUUAAGAUUGAGACAUCUAGGCUUGAUUUUCAUAGAAAUCGGCAAAACAACAUUCGUUCUGAGGUCCUCCAAGGAGUCCUAGAAAGUAUUUGUAUAGGCCAGACCGGUGCUUCUAAAGUUGGCCGUCGAACGAUAUUACCAGCUUCCUUUAUAGGUGGACCAAGGGACAUGAGACGGCGAUAUCUUGAUGCAAUGUCUCUUGUGCAAAAGUAUGGAAAACCAGACAUCUUUCUUACUAUGACUUGCAACCCAGCAUGGAAGGAAAUUCAGGAUAAUUUAAAGGACCACGAAAAGCCUCAGGAUAGACCGGAUCUUCUGGCUAGAGUCUUUAGGGCCAAAUUUGAAUUGCUUAAAUCAGAAAUUUUGAACAAGCAAAUUUUUGGUGAGGUUGCAGCGUAUGUCUAUGUGAUAGAGUUCCAAAAACGCGGCUUCCCACAUGCUCAUCUGCUACUAAUUUUGAAGCCUGAAUACAAACUCCUAAAUCUGGAGUCAUAUGAUAGAGUAGUUUGUGCUGAAAUACCUGAUCGUUCUAAGCAUCCUCAUCUAUAUUCCCUUGUGGUAAAGCACAUGAUUCAUGGUCCUUACGGCGAUCUGGAUAGAACUUGUCCUUGUAUGAAAGAUGGUUAUUGUAAAUAUCACUAUCCUAAGAGCUUUUGUGCCCAGACGACUCAUGCUGAAGAUAGUUAUCCGCAAUAUAGAAGAAGAGAUGAUGAGAUUUGCUCGACUGUUAAAUUGGUGAAGUAUAUGUAUAAGAAUGUUUUCAAGGGACAUGAUUCAGUCAGUUUUAGGAUAGUUUCGUACCAUACUCCUGAUGACACUGAUGAGAUCAGAGAAUUUCAGCAAGGUAGAUGGAUUUCGCCCCUUGAGGCGUUUUGGUGUAUCUUUGAAUUUCGCUUGAGCGAAAUAAGUCCAGCAGUCUAUACUCUUCAGAUCCAUCUCCCGGAGCAGCAAACAAAUGUGGUUGCACAGAAUCUUAAAUGUCUUUAUAGGGAAUUCCCUCAAUAUUUUGUUUGGUCUCCUAAAUAUAAGAAAUGGACUGAAAGGAAGCGUCGAAAAGUGAUAGGUAGAAUGGUUACUGUUAGUCCAGCGGAUGGAGAAAGAUACUACCUUAGACUGCUUCUGAAUCAUGUUCAUGGACCGACUUCCUUUGAUGAUAUUUUGACGGUUGCUAAUCAAAAGCUGAAUUCCUUUAGAGAAGCUGCUUUAGCAUUAGGACUUUUGCAAUCCGAUACUUACAUAGAGGAUACGCUUCAAGAAGCUGUGACCUUUCAGAUGCCGUCUUCCUUAAGAUUACUAUUUGCUACUCUGCUUGUUCAUUGUUCUCCUGUAAAUCCUCAGCUGCUGUGGGAAAAAUUCCACCAUGAACUAUCUGCAGAUUACCAGUGA